GCGCCAGUUGCAGGACGGAGAGAGAAGAAGAAAAAAAAAACAAGAAAGAAAGAGGAAAAGCAGAGAAGGAAAAAUGUCGGUGCUCAACGCGCAGCAUCUCACCGUGGCGGGCAAGUCCUUGACGGCGGGUGAGACGACAGCGCUGCAGUGCUCGCUGCCGCUGCUCUCCCAGCGUUACCGCGGCACCCCUGUCACGCUGUGGGGCAGGAUCUCCGGGGUCAAGGCGGACUACUGGAUCGCGCAGGCGUUCCCCUCCGGCGAGUUCGGCCCCGCCGUGGGCUUUUACAGCAUCGACGGCGGCAGCAGCUGGACCUUGCUGACGGACCUGACGGAUGCGCAGGCGGCCCUCUGCGAGGCUCUGCGCGGCCCCUACCAAGGCACGCCGUCGUACGAGUACCGCACCCGCCAAGACCUCCCGGCUGAGACGGACGAGGCCGCCAUGACGAUCCCGCCGCAGGAUGACGUGCUAGCGGGGGCGUUGGCCGACAUCGCGGCGGCGCGUGCGGCGGCCGGCGAAAACAACGAGGGCGAGGAAGAGGAGGAGGAGGAGCGCGCGGACGACGAAGAGGGGGAGGAGGACGAGGAGGACGCUGCCCCGCUGCCCGCACCGCGCAAGCGUGGACCGCGGUUUCGCAUCGUCAGCGUCACGGAGGCGAUGCGUGUGGCACACUUUGUGCAGCUGCACGACGUCGACUGCCGCCUCACCGUGCGGGGCAUGUACGUACUGCAGGAUGGAGAGGCGGAGGGGGUGCGCAACGGCACCUUCGGCGGGCAGCCCCUCCACCACGCGAAGAAGCCCUCGUGCUACCUGAAGAUGGCGAUGCUGGGGAAGGCGGAGCGCAACCGUGUGCUGUACGGACCGACCUACAACCCGCACACGGAUUACUUAAUGCCGAUCACCGACGACGCCCCUGCCGGCGUCUGGUCCGUCAAGUACGACGCCACCGCGAACGUAGUGAGUGUGCGUAAUUUAUUUUAUGAAGGCUCGCUCUUCUGGUACCGCCCCGGCACGCUGGAGUGCGGGCAGCUCUACUACGGCGCCGGCGAGCGCAACUUCGAUGUGUGCUUUAUGCUGUAA